UAUAUACUAUACAUAUGCGCAUCUUGUACGACUGUACUGCUACUGUUCUUUUGUUGGAACGUACAUUUAUAUUUAUAUUAAUAUUUAUAUACAUACCUCGGGAACCGUUUUGGGUAUUCUCAAAGUGUAUUUGUCUAUACAGGGUCUAUAACUUUGGUUAUACUAUCUUUACAAAUACUCAAGACUGCGGAUUUUCUUCGUUUGGAUUUUAGGAGGAAAAUUCAAAUAAAAAAAAAAACAAAAGAAAGUGGAAAUCUUUUUGAUCUUGAAUGAUUUUUAUAGCAUUUUCUCUUGUGUAAUCGCUUUCGUCUGCAUUCAAGAAACUCUCAUCAUCAUCUACUUGAAGACCUUUGUGUGCUUUGAUAAACACUACAAGGGAAAUAUAACAUAGGAGAAAAAAAAAGAGACACAUUUAUUAAUCUUCCCCCUUUUCGAUUUCAUAGUCUUUAUUUUUUUUCUUUUGAUUCCACUCUUUUUCAUUAUUUUCUUCGUUUUCGUUUUCAUUUUCUUCUCCUCUAGUCUUGUGAUUAUUCAUUCUACUUUUAUUUUUCGUUUUUUUCUCUAUAAGUAUAACUUCCGUUCUGGUUUCGAUCAACUGCUCCUUUCUUUGCAAUGUCCCUAGAACCUCGAACUACCAAUGGUUCAAAUGCAGUGGAUUUAGAUGCGCUUGAGGCUGAGGCAGCUGAAAACCCCAUUCAGCUGACCCAGUCCCGUAUGUUGGAUAUCUACGGAAACCCUUUAAAUCGUACUACCUCUCGUCAAUCCGAAACUCUUUUUCCCAACGGUGUCGAUCUUAACUACCCCUUCACAACCACCCGUGGUCUUCCUGAUGUCGCAGAAUACAAUUUGGAAACUGAGGGCGGUCUUUACCGCGAUCCCACCAUCAACAAGGAAGGUGAAGAACUUGUCACUUGGGAAAUGAAUGAUCCUGGUAACCCUCACAAUUGGUCCAAGACUUGGAGAUGGUAUAUCACUGCUAUUAAUUCCUUACUUGUCAUUUGCAGUGCUUUUGGCUCUUCCGUUAUUGCUGGCGAUUUGGAACACGUCAGUCGUGAUUUAAACGUCGGUCCUGAAGUUGCUAAUCUUUCUUGUUCACUCAUGGUUGUUGGUUUCGGUGUUGGUCCUUUAAUCAUCAGUCCUCUCAGUGAAAUGUAUGGCCGUCGUAUUGUUUACCUCGUCACUCUAGCCAUAUACAUCAUUCUUCAGAUCCCUUGUGCUUUGGCUAAUAAUAUCGCUUGUCUUUUAAUCUGCCGUUUCUUUGCCGGUUGUUUUGGAUGCUCCCCUCUUACUCUUGCCGGUGGUGUUUUGUCUGAUAUUUGGGAAACCCGUCAACGUGGUCUUGCCAUCGCCUUCUUUGCUGCUGGCCCUUAUGCUGGUCCCACCAUCGGUCCUUUGGUCGGCGGUUGGGUUGGUGUAGGUACCGACGAUUUUCGUUGGAUCUUUUGGGUCAAUAUGAUUUAUAUGUUUGUCAUGUACAUCACAAUGCUUCCUAUUCCCGAAACCUAUGCCCCCGUCCUUUUACGUUGGCGUGCUCAAAAAAUUCGAAAAGAAACCGGUCGACAGGUUUUCACUGCUCAGGAAAAACAAAUGUUAUCUCUAAAGGAAAUUGUUCAAGUUAAUUUACUCCGUCCUAUCACUUUACUGAUGACUGAACCCAUUUUACUGAGUAUUUCCUGUUAUAUCGCUCUCAUUUAUGCUUUGCUUUAUGGUUACUUCUUUGCUUAUCCCAACGUAUUCGUGAAAGGAAAGGGUUACAACGAAGGUAUUACUGGUCUCAUGUUUAUCCCCGUUUUGGUCGGUGUCGCCUUCGCUUUAGCUACUACUCCCUUUUUAGAAAGACAAUACAUGAAUCGUAUGGAUGCAAAUGGUGGUAAAUCAAUCCCUGAAUGGCGUUUAAUCGGUAUGAUGAUUGCUGCUCCUUUCAUUCCUACUGGUUUACUGAUUUUCGGAUGGACAAGUUUCCCCAGAUUGAUUUGGAUCGGUCCUGCCUUCAGUGGUGUUCCAUUCGGUUAUGGUAUGGUCUUGUUUUAUUUCAGUGCCAAUAACUAUCUAAUCGAUGUUUACCAAAAUUUUUGCGCAUCUGCUCUAGCUGCCAAGACAAUGGUACGUUCCGGUGGUGGUGCUGCCUUUCCUCUAUUUAUUGACUACAUGAUGAACGGUAUGACCCGACAAUGGGCUUUCUUUCUCCUGGGUAUGGUUGCCGUCGCUGCGAUUCCUAUACCCUUCAUUUUCUACUUUUAUGGUGCUCAAAUCCGUUCAAAAUCAAAAGCUGCCAUUGCGUAAUUUGUUUCCUUCUCGUUUCAUCUGUGUAAUUGUUACUACAUGGGCGCCGCAACAGGCAUCGCCAAUUCCGUUCUUUUAGACAGGAAAAAAUUUAUAUACAUAUAUGUAUAUAUGCAGGGAUUUUCAUUAAUGUUUAUUUUUUUAAUAUCUGAAAGUCUUCUUCUCUUUGCUAAUUAUGAACAUGUCAUUGUUUACUUACUUCUCUGCUGUCCGUGUAUUUUAUCACUAUUUUAAUUUAUAUAAUGAAAAUACACGGUUUAUCGGAUUGAUGUUUUAAAUUUGAUAGUUUUGUGAAAUAUUUUUUCGGGUUUGUCACAAUAGUUGGGAAUGGAAAUUUUGUGAGCAUUUUAGACAGGAAGUUGAUUCAUCUCCUUCAUUUUUUUUAAAUAUUUAAAAGUUAAUGAUAUUAUUUACUGGUUUUUUCAUUAGUUCUUCAAUGUUCUUUAUUUUGCGUCAGUAAGCCAAGCAAAUAUGCUGAAUAUAACCCUUUAAGCAAAUAAAUACAAUAAUAUAGUCACCCGA